AAGACGUUAUGGCUCAAGCGAUGCCGUCUCUAGUGCUCAGACCAGCUUGCGCAAGGAGUGCAGCGUCUGAUGAGUCUUGGCAAGGAGCUGUCGGCGUGGCGCAGCCUGGCCCCCGCGUAUCCUGGGAGGCGUACCAGGCCACUGGAGAACACCAGGGGUGCCCUGAAGCAGCGCCUCUUUCGGAAGUGCGACAAGGACGGCGACGGUUUUCUCAACAAGUCCGAGCUGCGGAUGUUCGUCGAAUACGUAGGCUUCGAGGGUUCCGACAAAGAGUGGACCAAGGAGUACGAGCUGCUCUGCUCUGACCACUGCCUCGAUCGGGCGAGGGGGAUGACCAUGGGGGCAUUCCUGAGCGCCCUGGACGACACGUCGGAGAAGGGGUUGCACUGCUCCGAUUCGGAGAUCUGCCUGCUGCUCGGGAUAGAGCACACGCCUUCCAAGACUGGUGCUGACCAAGACGAGGGUGAAGGGAAUGAUGAGUUCACCCAUGUCUUCUUCGCUGGGGCGAACUUCAGUACUACGGGGCCUGUGCUCAAAUCUAUCUUUGAAGAGAUUGGCAGAGUUGAAGAUUUCUCGCUUUUCCGUUUCCAAGAUGGAAAGUCAAUGGGCAUGGGCCGGGUCAAGUAUGCCUCGCACGAGGAGGCACGGAGGGCAAUGACCACCCUUCACAAUCGCGAGGUCGAUGGGCGAGCACUAAUGUUGCAGGAAGACCCGCGCGUGGAUAGCGACGAGGAGCCCGGGUCCGACGAGCGGAAGAGCAGCGCGGAGGCCUGGCCGGCCAAUCAGAAUGGUAGGGACAGGGCGUCGGGCAACAAAGGUACAGGCAAUGGUGCAGGCAAGGGCAAACACAUGGGCAGUGAAGGUGGCAAGGUGAAUUCCGACCAGGGCUGGUAUGAGGGCGGGCGGCCCACCAGAGCACACAAAGGAGACAGGGAUAACAGCGACGGCAGGACAAUCUUUUUUGCUGGUGCGUCCCCCGAUUCCUCCGAGGCCUUUUUGCGGAGUCACUUCCAGGGAGUUGGUAAAGUUAUUAAGUUUCGGCUGUUUGCUGAUCCGCCAGGGCACUCACGGGGCAUGGGCGUGGCUCAGUAUCUGACAGCGGGGGAAGCCACCAAAGCGGUCGAGCGCCUUUCAGGCUCUAUGAUGGGCGGUCACACGGUUCUGGUUAAGAUCGACAGAAAGGGCUACCUCGACCAUGCCAGACAACAGAGCGAAGGCUACCAAGAAUGGGAUAGCGGUUGGGAGUGCGGCACGGGUUUUAACAGCUACAGCGGUUGGAAGGGAGGAUAUGACGGCGGCUGGAAGAGCGGCUGGGAGGGCGGCUACGGAGGUGGUCCAAUCGGCGGCAAAGCGGACAUCUACAGCGGCUGGGAGAGCGGCCAGAAGCACGGUGGCCGGAAGAAUGGCGGCCGGGAUAAAGGGGGCAAACGGAAUGGCGGACGGGGGGAAGGUGGUUGGGAAGACAGCUAUCACGGCGGCGAGGAGGACAGCCAGAAUUGCGGCCCAGCGAGCGAUGGGAAUACGGGCAAAGGCUCUGGCAAAGGUGGCUCGAAGGAGGUUAAGUACACGACACAGAGUGUCAACGUGUGGUGUGAGGUCAAGCGCGAAGGGUGGCACAAGUCCACCCGCGUCUUCUUCUCUGGCGCGCCUGUGAAGAUGGCGCGGGCCGCGGUGCAGCAGCACUUCGCCGAGUUCGGGGUGGUCAAGUCGCUCACGAUCUUCAAAAAGGGCAAAACAUCUCGGGGCAUGGGCGUGUGCUGCUACCAGGGAGCGAACGCCGCCGAAGCGGCGAUAAACUACGGUGUCGUCAUCGAUGGGAAGCCUCUCCAUCUGCAGCAGCUUCGGCGGCACCAAAGGAAGGAUGGCUGGGACCAGGACCAGGAUUUGAAUCCCAACACGUCUGUCUUCUUCAGGGACGCUCCCUGCGAGACCGCCGAGAAGUUCCUUGAAGAGAAAUUUGGGAACGUCGGGGAGAUCAGGAACUUCAUUCUCUUUACAUCGCCAGACGGGAAGUCCCGAGGGAUGGGCGUCGUCGAGUAUUCCACAGCAGAGAGCGCAGAGCGCGCGUACAACGAAAUCCACGAGACGACCGUGAGCGGGAAGACGAUUCACGUUGACUAUUUCUCUUUCUAGUAAUGCGCGGGCCCAAUUCAAGCCUCCUGCUUCGGGCCGGAGCACUGAGUCGGAGUCAACUGGGGAUGGCGGGAGGGGGGGCGCGAAAUUUGCUGCUUGCAGCUGGUUUCGGCCCCGCCGCGGUGCACGCUCCUCGAUACAUGGUCGCUCCUGGCGCUGGGAGACGCCGGGAAAACCAGCUGCGUGAGCUGACUUGCUGACCUCCCCUUUGCCAUCCCCCCCUUCCCGUCGGCCCCGAGAGCAGAU